ACGAGAGUUCAAUAUGGGAACAAGUUUGUGUGGACAUUCAGCAGUUGUGUGUGUAUCGUGCAACACUGGAGGAUAGUUUCACAGACAAGCCUCACCUGUAUUGUGUGGAGACCCCUGUCUGCUGUUGUAGCCUCACCUGUAUUGGGCUGGGUCCUGGAUACACCAUCUACAAUGAGGGUUCUGGUGCUGCUUCUCUGUGUCUGGUGCAGCUACAGUCAGCAGGGGACAGAAUGGUCCACCUCCAGCCCAGGGGAGACUAGAUCAGGAAAACCCAAGCUUGUGGAUGCAUUCAGCUGUUGUGUGGACAACUGGGAGAGCAUGCUAUGUACCUGGGAGCUUGGUCAGAACCUCAUCUUCAAUGAUUCAGUCACAGUUCGGCUCAAGUGGGCAAUAAUGCACAGGUCUGGGAAACCAAGGGAUGCGUUGUCUAGCUGCAGUCACCAGACUAAGACUUCUUGUCGCUGGAAGUCCAACGAUGGCAGGGACACCUACAAGUCUGGGAUGAUCUACUACAUGGAGGUUGUCGUGGCAACUGUAGGCAAGGCCAAUGAAGCUCUGCUGGAAACUCAGAACUUUACCAUCGACACUAACAUGCUUGUGAGGCCGGCGCCAGUGGACAGCCUGACCGUGGUGGACCGGAACACAACCUGUCUGUCCCUCCAGUGGCAACACAGCAAGGGGGAAGACCGGACCAUUCUGUACACGCUGCAUGUGAGGCAGGGUUCUCAGCUACAGAUUUACAAUUACACUGACAUCAGCACUGUUACUACAUGUGGGCUGCAUCCAGGCAGGACGUACACUCUGCUGGUGUCAUGCAUCCCCAUCCCUUAUACCUACAGCCAGCCCCAUGGCUUCUACAGUGAGUGGACCUCCGUUGUAGCCAGGACCAUGGAAGAUGUGCCGAGUGGGGUUCCUGGUAUUGAGAUCAGCAGCUUCAGAUACCACAAGUGCAGCUCUCAGACCUCGGACUGUGAGGUCACCAUCUACUGGCAGCCAGUUCCAGACGUGGAGUGUAAUGGGGAGAUAACUCAGUACCAGGUGACACAGAUCGACACGGAGAUAGGACAGAAGCAGGAGUUUGAGGUGGAGGGAUCGGACACAUCGAUCAACCUCGGGAUCAAGAAGGUCAGACAGUACUUGAUCAGAUUAAAAGCCAGAACUCGGGUCGGAUAUUCAGAGCAAUCCGCAUCCAUGGAGAUUCCAGCAUAUCAGUACAAGUUGCCUCCCCCUUCUGACGUCCUGGUGGAGGCCGAGGGUUCUGUUCUGAACAUCAGCUGGGGCCCCCCUGAACACUCCCAAGACUCCCCCAAGGGCCACACCCUAGGGUACACACUCUACUACUGUACUAGAUCCAAGUCCACUUUCAAAUGCAGGGACCCUAUUCAGUUGCUCCACCUCCCCAUCAAUCAAACAUCCUUCCAGUGGGAGGUGCCUGAUGGUAACCCUGACAACAAGAUGAUUGGCAUAUCUGCAGAGAUGGAGAUAUCCACUCAGAAUUACAGCAGUGGCUUGUCAUGGAAUGAGUGUGUGUACAACAAGAGGCCGAAUCUUCAUCCUCCACAAAACGUCCGCUUUUCACGCAAACAGCCUCACAAUGGCCUUCGAGCUGACUGGGACACGUUUGACCCCGCAGACGGCCCUGUGUGUAUCAGCCACUUUGUGUUGUCUUUCUGUGUCUCCUACAGUCAGGCUGAAUGUGCAGGGCCAUCAGUGCAGGUCAAUGUGUCCAACAAAGAUGUGACUCACGUCAUCCAGGGUCUGUCAGCAGGAGUGAAGUACAGGGUGACACUCCGAGCUGUGUCCAGGUCAGGGGAGGGGCCAGAGAGUGAAGCCAUCAUCAAAGAGGUGACAGAAGCUCCACAGUUUACGUGGGUGGUGGUGCUGGUUGUGGUGCUAGUCCUUGUCCUGUUGGUAUUUGUCCUGUGUGUGUGCUGCUGGAAGGUGCACAAGCUGACAAAGGAAGAAUUCUACUUGCCUGUCACGAUGCCUAAGUUUCCCGCUUCACAGAUUACUCGAAGUAAUGGCCAAAAUAACAACAAUAAUUCCACCAAGAAAACUGUGAGUGUCUCUUCUGAAUCGGCGCUUCUGUCCAACAUAGAACAUAAGCAUGAAGCCAAUUGCCAGCCUUACCAGGUCCCACAGUUAAGCAGUGCCUACAGUGAGAGUAGUUCUACAUCUGGGCCAACAUCUUCAGGGAAGGCCAACAGGAAGCUCCACAGGAGAGACCAGGGAAGUUCCUCAGAUGCAAGUGAAACAUUGUCCUCAAAGGGAAAUGACUCUGUAGAAACCUACUUAAUGGCAGAUUUGCCAAGCAUGUGUACAAAUUCAGAUAACCAAUUGGUCAGUAUGAGCGAUCUGGAUUUGACAUUCUCUGGACAGAACAAUGCUCAACUGUAUGUGCCCAGACAGGAGGUUCAGCUCGGGUUUGUGUUUGCUUCAUCCUCAGCUUCAUGCCAUGGCCCCCUCACUCACUCACAGAGCCCUUUUGCCACACACCUGCCAUCACUCACUUGCCUUCCCACUGGCCCACUUACACAAUCUCAAGCCCCUCCUACUGUUGCCACGCCCCAACUGUCAAACCCUGCCCUGCCUUUUGCCCCACCCACACAGUCACAAGCCCCUCCUACUGUUGCCACGCCCUAUUUGUCAAACCCUGCCCUGCCCUUUGCCCCACCCACACAGUCACAAGCCCCUCCUACUGUUGCCAUGCCACAACUGUCAAACCCCGCCCUUCCCUUUGCCCCACCCACACAGUCACAAGCCCCUCCUACUAUCACCACACCUCUACUGGCCUAUCUUCCCUCUGCCACACCCAUACCAUCAUGUACCCCUGUCCCAACUCACAGUACAGGGUAUGUGUCCUAUGAAGAAGCUCUGAAUCUGGGGCAAGACAAGAUAUUGUCAUGAAUCUUAAUAUUGACUGCCAUUCCUGGACAUGUCACCCAUCUUACUGGUUGCCGAAAGACGAAGACUGUUUGUGAAAAUGAAACAAUCAUAAUUUUAUCUUCUGUGCCUAAGAGAAACUACUCUUCCCAAGGAUCACUUCUUUAAAAAGUAAUAUAUCAAACUGUGUGCAUCUGUUAAAAUAACCAAAGGAAAUAUUUCGUGAAGACAUGUUUAAUGAACAAAAAUCCAUGUGUCAAACUCCCAACAAACAACAUCCAACCAAUAUUCAGAUCACCCAUCAACUGAUAUCUUUGACCAAAACUGAAACAUAAAAAAAUUACGAAAACAAAUUCAUUGUCCAAAAGAAACAUCUCUCAGUAGUGUAUGUGAUCAUUGUGAUGCGAUUACAGCCUGGCACUCAAUAAGUGUCUGGAUGGCUGCCUUGGAAGAUUGUUCCACUCUUCAGGAAGAAGUUCCUGUAGAUUUGCCGGAGGGACUGGGUGUCCUGUGAAAGCUAUCUGCAGCUUGUUCCACAUGUGUUCCAUUGGGUUGUGGUCUGGUGACUGGGUUGACCACUCCAUAAGCGCCAACUUUGCUAGCACAAUGAUGUAGUGUCUUAUCAUCCAUGAGGAUGAAGUCUGGUCCCUUUGUACCCCCAUACCCAUUCAGAAUGUCAUCCCUGUAGCGCACACCCGUAAUCGCGCCCUGCUGUAGGACAUGGACAUCGGUUCUUCCAUCUCUACUGAUCCCACCCCAAAUCAUCUUUGAGCCCCUCUCAUAUUCGGCUACAUUGAAAUCCUGGAAUCCUGGAAUCACACUGUGGUUGACACCAAAGACGUUUGCAACGUGACGUUGUGUUGACCCAGUUUCAAGCAUGCCUUUGUAUCUGGCUACUUCUUCGGUUGUCAGUGCUUAAGUGCAUUCAGUUGUUAUUAUCGGGCACGACAAAGUCUGGACAGUAUCUCGAUUCAUCUGGAUUCAUCUGUGUUGCAAUCCUCAGAAGGAAGUGUUGUUGUGCUCUCUGAUAAUGACGUGCAAUGAUUUUGUCACGAUACAUCCAAAAACAGGUUUUCCAGGACCUCUUGCACCUUGUGCCCAUGACUGCACGCCUCUGUACGUUCAUCAUGAAACUGAGGUCCCAAAAGGGGUUACCCUGCGAUGAUCAGUGUCUACUGUGAUAUUUCAAUCUUCAUUUGUUGGAUAUUUUGAGAUCAACAAAACAUGAUCCUUAGCAAACUUUGAGUGCUAUAGUUCAGAGUGUCUGCAGUGUUAAACAUUAAAUAAAUUCCAAGUCUAAUAUGCUCACUGUGAUCGGAGACAGAAUACAAAUUGAGCAACUGUCGAUGAGUUUAAUAGCCAAAGUCAAUACUAUCAGCUAUAUCAUGCAUUGUUGAUAUAUGGGGGAAUAAUUCUUCCAGUUUUUCUGCAAAAUAUUAACAUCAGGGCAUGGUCUAAAUGCCACUUAUGAUAUAAAUUCAUAUUCUCUUUAUUAUUAACUACAUCCAUACAAAAAAAAUCAUUUUUGAAAUAUUACCAUCUGUCAUGGACUGUUUUGUCUCAUAUGGUCGGGCAGGCAAGAGUUUUCAAUGAUGCCACCUGCCACACUCCUUUCAGAGGCAAAACUCAAAACUGGAAAUUUGUUUGAAACACUCUAUGUUUUAAGAAAUGUCAACAAGACUGAUAUGAAAGCUAUGCUUGUGAUGAGGACCCUACUAGAUGAGUGAGUGAGUGAGUGAGUGAGUGAGUGAGUGAGUGAGUGAGUUGGGUUUAAUGCCGCUUUUA